UGGAGCAACAGUUCAACAGACCAACGUGGAGCCGGCAGAUAGAGUUCACCCUGGCCGGCAUCGGCUGUGCUGUGGGUCUGGGAAACGUUUGGAGGUUCCCUUAUCUCUGCUACAGGAGUGGAGGAGGUGCCUUUCUGGUGCCAUAUCUGCUAAUGCUGGUGGUGUUGGGGAUCCCCCUGCUCUACAUGGAGCUGACUCUGGGUCAGUACAUGAGGAGAGGGCCUGUCCACGCUCUGGCUAACGUCUGCCCACUGCUAAAAGGAGUGGGCAUAGCAUCAGUGGCCAUAGCCUUCAUCAUGUGCACCUACUACAAUGUCGUCAUCACCUGGGCCCUGUAUUACCUCUUCAGCUCCUUCCAGUCACCGCUACCCUGGAAGGACUGUAACAACACCUGGAACACACCAAACUGUACCAGUCAUGCCACCAACAGCAGCUACUCGUCCACAGCAAGCCAGGAGUUCUUCAAAUAUAAGAUGCUGGAGCAGACUAGUGGAGUAGAGGAAGGAGGAGUGGUCCGAUGGGAGCUUUUACUCAUCCUCCUUCUGGCUUGGAUCCUUGUUUACUUAUGCAUCUUCAAGGGGGUGAAAUCAACAGGCAAGGUGGUUUACUUCACAGCUCUGUUCCCGUAUGUUAUCCUGAUUGCUCUGCUGAUCAAUAACGCGCAGCUUCCCGGAGCAGUAGAUGGAAUAACUUUCUUCAUCGUGCCCGAAUGGGACAAGCUGCGCUCAGUCGAGGUGUGGGUGAAUGCUGCAGCACAGAUAUUUAACUCCAUCGGAAUAGGUUUCGGGUCCCUCUUGGCCAUGUCCAGCUACAACUCCUUCAACAACAACGUUCUGAAGGACACCAUGACCAUAGCCAUCAUCAACUCCCUCACCAGCAUCCUGGCAGGUUUUGUCAUUUUCUCUGCUUUGGGAUACAUGUCUUAUCUGCAGGGAAUGCCUGUCAGCAAACUGGCUGUGGAUGGUCCAGGACUGGUUUACAUUGUGUACCCACAAGCCUUUGCCAACAUGCCAGUGGCUCAGCUCUGGGCUGUGAUGUUCUUCUUCAUGCUGCUUUGCCUCGGCCUGGACAGUGAGUUUGCGAUGGUUGAAGUGAUGGUGACCAGCCUCAUGGAUCAGUUCUAUCAAAAUCUGAUUCAAAUUUUCAAGCGGAAGGAGCUGUUUGUCCUUGCUAUUUGUGGUGUAGCGUUUCUUCUAGGAAUUCCUUGUGUCAUGCAGGUGGGUAUCUACGUGUUCCAGCUCAUGGAUCAUUACACUGCCAUAGUGUCCAUCAUGUUUCUUGCAUUCUUUGAGGUUGUAGCCAUCUGUUGGUGUUAUGGAGUGACGAGACUCUCAGACAACCUGGAGGAGAUGACUGGAAAAAGAGCGAACAUCUUCUUCAGGAUCUGUUGGCUCAUAGUUGCUCCUCUGCUGAUCGCUGUCAUCCUGAUUUUCUCCGUCAUCCAGUUCAAACCAGCCCGCUAUGGCGACUAUGUCUUCCCUCCCUGGGCUCAGGGGGUCGGCUGGGUUAUUGCCAUGGGCUCCAUCAUCUGGAUUCCUUUGGGUGCUGUUCACACACUGUGGGUGCUGCCUGGCUCCUUCAUGCAGAGACUAAAGCUGUCCAUCAGACCAUACGCGCUGGAUGAAAUGUCAAAGAUGCCGUAUUAUGAGAGGGGAGGAAGAGACGCACGUCCAGGCGUUUUUGUCAUCAGCGCCGACAUCCAACUACCUGAAAAACCUCAAAUUCAGAGAGAUCUGUGAUACCUGUUUACCUAACUGCCAAAAGGGCAUUUUUUUAUUAAGCUUAAGUUAAUCACAAUUAUUGUUUGCCAUUAGUUCUAAAUCUUAAACAAACUUCUGGUAAGCUAAACAGAAGUAUAAAACAGGAAUUAUUUAUAUGAUUGUGAAAAUGUGAUGCUACAAUCAUG